CGGCACCGUCGCACUCCUUUGCUGCUCUUUCGUCCAAGCAUUCACCGACCUCCUUCCCGGGGUGUACUGGGUAGUGCUGCUAACUGGCCACAAGUACCUUGCAUCUUGCGUUGGCGUUGCUUGGGGCGCUUUGAUUUGUUUUCCCCUAAACGGCGGCGGGGCCCUUAAUUACCCUCUCCCACCACGCGCAAGACCCCGCGAGACGUGACGGUAUCACAACAGCACCACCCGCUGGGCCUGCAGCGACCACUCCUUCCUCACACCGAGAGGCGCAGGCAAAGUGAGGCCGUGGGGCCGAGAGACUGCAAAGACUCGCAAACAUGGCGAGCUCCAACACAAUCAAAGUCGUGGCGCGGUUCCGUCCGCAGAACAAGAUCGAGAUUGCCAGUGGUGGUGAACCCAUCGUUGACUUCAAGUCAGAGGACACAUGUUCGAUCAACUCCAAAGAGGCCGCCGGGGCCUUUACCUUCGACCGAGUAUUCGACAUGAGCUCGCGCCAAGUUGACGUAUUCGACUACUCUAUUCGACCGACCGUGGACGACAUUCUCAAUGGAUACAACGGCACAGUCUUCGCCUAUGGCCAGACGGGUGCGGGCAAAUCGUACACGAUGAUGGGAAGCGACAUCGACGACGACGCGGGUAAGGGUGUCAUUCCACGUAUUGUCGAACAAAUCUUCGCAAGCAUCCUCGCGUCUCCGAGCAACAUCGAGUACACUGUCAGGGUGAGUUACAUGGAAAUCUACAUGGAACGCAUUCGGGACUUGCUCAUGCCACAAAACGACAACCUGGCUGUACACGAGGAGAAGAACAGAGGCGUCUACGUGAAAGGCCUAUUGGAAGUUUAUGUCUCAAGCGUAGACGAAGUUUACGAGGUCUUGCGGAGAGGCGGUCAAUCACGCGCUGUUUCGGCUACCAACAUGAACGCUGAAUCGUCACGUUCACAUUCUAUCCUCGUCGUUACAGUCACUCAGAAGAAUGUUGAGACCGGUUCGAUGAAGAGCGGGCAGCUAUUCUUGGUCGAUCUAGCUGGCUCAGAGAAAGUCGGCAAGACAGGUGCAAGCGGCCAGACAUUGGAAGAGGCCAAAAAGAUCAACAAGAGUUUGAGUGCGCUGGGUAUGGUCAUCAACUCCUUGACGGACUCCAAAGCUUCGCACGUUCCUUACCGCGACUCCAAACUUACCCGUAUUCUGCAAGAAUCUCUUGGAGGCAAUUCGAGGACUACGUUGAUCAUCAAUUGUUCACCCAGUAGUUAUAACGACGUGGAGACCCUCAGCACUCUCCGAUUCGGUAUGCGAGCGAAGACGAUCAAGAACAAGGCCAAGGUCAACGCAGAGCUUAGCCCGGCAGAAUUGAAAGCCAUGCUCAAGAAAGCACAGAGUCAAAUUACCACGUUCGAAACGUACAUUGGUUCGUUGGAAGGUGAGGUUCAAGUAUGGCGUGGGGGAGAAUCUGUCCCCAAAGAAAAGUGGACGCCUGCAAUCGAGAGUGGUACAUCUGCUGCGAGCAGACGGCCCGCUUCAGCAGCUCGCGCGCAGACCCCCUCGCGAUUUGAUGCCACAAGAAGCUCCGAGACACCGUCAAGACCAGACUCUCGCAUGGAUUUGGACCGAGCAGGCACGCCUAGCAUACCUCUAGAUAAGGACGAGAAGGAUGAAUUUUUGAGGCGAGAGAACGAGCUCCAAGACCAGGUCGCCGAGAGAGAGUCUCAGCUUGCCAAGGUUGAAGACCAGCUCAAGACCGCCAAAGAUGAGCUUCAGUACUACAAGUCUAAAGAUAGCGAGUCGACCAAGGCGAAUGAGAGGAUGACGACUGAGCUCAACGAAAUGAGAAUGCAAGUGGAGAAGAUCCAGUUCGAAGGCAAGGAGGCUCAAAUCACGAUGGAUGGAUUGAAGGAGGCCAACGCAGAGCUUACAAUGGAACUGGAUGAAGUCAAGCAGCAGCUUCUGGAUGCAAAGAUGAACGCCAAGGAAUCUAGCGCUGCUGUUGACGAGAAGAAGAAGAAGAAGGCCGAGGCAAUGGCGCAGAUGAUGGCCGGCUUCGAUCUCGGUGACGAAGUGUUCAGCGAUAACGAACGCAGCAUUCGCAAGAUCAUCGAGCAGCUCGACCAGCUGUACGAGAUGAGUUCGGCUGGCGAAGCGAUUGCACCGGAUGCUCUUCAAGAGUUAAGGGAAAGGAUCGUCGAGACCCAGGGUAUUGUGCGACAGGCGGAGCUUUCGCUUACAGCACGCAACGAAGAGGACAACGUACACAACAAGCGACGUGAGGCUCUUGAAGGAAGGAACGCUACUCUGCAGCGUUCGUACGAGGAACUUCUCGAGAGCAACCUGUCUGAGGCUGAUACCGAAGAACUCAAGUCACGCCUUGCAGAUGCGUAUGCUGCUCGGCAGAAUGGCAACGUGGAGCUUGUAGACGACUUGAAGGCAGAUCUGUCCCGGAGAGUGGAGGAGAACCAAAAGUUCAAGAACGAAAUCGAGGGCCUACAGCAACGCAUCAAGAGCGGCGCCAUCGCAAACGGUGUCGCAAACGGCAUCAACGGCAAAUCUGUGCAGCAGCAGAUUGCCGAGUUCGACAAUAUGAAGAAGAGCUUGAUGCGCGACCUGCAGAACAGGUGUGAGCGGGUUGUUGAGCUUGAGAUCUCGCUUGACGAGACGCGAGAGCAGUACAACAAUGUACUCCGUACUUCCAACAACCGCGCACAACAGAAGAAAAUGAUGUUCCUCGAGCGCAACCUCGAGCAGCUCACUGUUGUGCAGAGGCAGCUCGUCGAACAGAACAGCUCUUUGAAGAAGGAAGUCGCCAUUGCCGAGCGCAAGUUGAUCGCACGUAAUGAACGCAUUCAGUCGUUGGAGAGCUUGUUGCAAGACAGCCAGGAGAAGCUGACAGCAGCGAACCACCGCUUCGAGUCCCAACUCACAGCCGUCAAAGAGCGCCUCGAGGCCGCAAAGGCAGGCUCGACACGGGGGCUUGGCUCACACAACGCCAGUGCAUCAUUCGCAUUCGGUGGCGGUGUCGGCUCGCGCAUCGCGAAGCCUCUCCGUGGAGGAGGUGGAGACGGCCCUGCUCUCCCUAUCAUCGGCAGCCUACAAAAGGACGGCGAUGCUGAGCCGAAGAACAAGCGCACAAGCUGGUUCUUCAAGCAGAGCUAGAUGACCCAGGCCCUAGAUGCAAUUUUUUGGAUACCCGGCAUUUUGGUUUGGCACCGCAUCUUCACGACGGCGUUCGAUUAUGGUGCAGCAUGGAACGAUAGAUGAACACAUUCCCUCAGGUGACCUGACGAAAACGAACGAAACAUGAUGACUGUUCUGAUGUCAGCAAGGGGAAACGGCACGCUUCCGGGUAUGUGCAUUUAUACCAUAGAUCUACUCUCGUGUCUCUUAUGCUAUGCAACAUCGACCUAUUCUUUGCACUGUUCCUCGUUUUCGAUCUCCGGUAAUGUUAGGUGAACGAGUAGAGUCAACGUGAAGGUGCACAUCCCUCCCUUGAGUCACCAAAAGGCUUUCGCCUUCUUCGUCCAGCAGGAUGAAAAUGACAUGCGUGUGAUUUUAGGGUUUCGUAAAACACGACAUAGAGAGUAG